GGAAAUCCCCAACAGUUGGUUGUGUGAAUUUGUUUCAACUGAAGUUGCAGGGUGGAGCUUCAACUCAGCUUCGUAUGGUUGAAUCAUCAAUGAACACUCCUGUGCGGAUCAAUGGUCAGACAUUCACAUCAAACCUGGUAUGGGACAGCUUCAAAUAUAAACUUUUUUUCAAUGUCCAAGCAAUUUGAUGUUAAUGGGCUAAAGGAUUGUGAUCAAUUGGUCCUUGAGCGUCUGCAACAGUCUUCAAGCAUUGGGCAGGAAAAAGGGAUGCCCAUGGAUGAACUUUGCCAACAGCUGAAACUUCCCAUGGAGAAGAUCAAGGAAUCUAUCAGAUCACUUGAGGAUGAAGGUUUAAUAUACUCUACAAUUGACGAGUUUCACUACAAAGCAACCUGAUGAAAUUCACAGUAUUUUUGAAUGCUACCCAGUCUGCAAUGCUGUAGCGAGUUAUUUUGUUCCUUCUUUUGAAUAUUAACAGAACAGCCUGUAGAUAUUUAUUUGUUUCCAUGUUAACAUCUUAAGUGCAGGGAUCUGGACAUGUGUGUUAUCGCUAAAUCAUAUAUAGAAUUUCACAACAUUUUGAUGUUUUGUUUA